AUGCCACAAGAAAGCAACUCAAAUAAUUCAAUCUUCAGCUCAUCACCUUGCAAGAACAUGAGAGGGCUCAAGGCUUUGGUCUCUAACAAUGAAGCUCCAUUUGCAAACGCUGAGGAAUUCAUCAAUGACUAUGAGUUGGCUCAAAGAAAAGCUGAAGAAGCAGCUUCAAGGAGAUACCAAGCAGCAGAAUGGCUGCGGAAGAUGGACUAUGGGGCAUCAGAAACCCUGUCCAAAGAGCCUUCUGAAGAAGAGUUCCGCCUUGCACUCCGCAACGGUCUUAUUCUCUGCAAUGUCCUCAACAAAGUCAAUCCUGGAGCUGUUCUCAAGGUGGUGGAAAAUCCCAUUAUUGCGGUUCAGUCGACAGAGGGGGCAGCACAGUCUGCAAUUCAGUAUUUUGAGAACAUGAGGAAUUUCCUGGAGGCCGUUAAUGACAUGAAGCUCUUGACAUUUGAAGCUUCUGAUCUGGAAAAGGGAGGCUCAUCGAGUAAAGUUGUAGACUGCAUUCUAUGUCUCAAAGGAUAUUAUGAAUGGAAGCAAGCAGGUGGAAUUGGAGUUUGGAGGUAUGGAGGGACUGUGAGGAUCACAUCCUUCCCAAAAGGGUCACUAUCCUCCUUAGGUAGUGAAAGCGCUGACGAGUCCAUAGAUGAAUCCGAGUCAUCUCAGUUUGAGCAACUUAUGGAAUUUCUUCAUCUUUCUAGUGAGGUCUCAACUGAAGAAUCCAGAGCUGCCAACGCUCUGGCUUUCCUUUUCGAUCGUUUUGGACUUGGACUUAUACAAGCUUACCUUCGAGAGACUAAUGGGAUUGAAGAGUUGCCCUUUAAUGCAAUGAUAAUAGAUACUUUGCUCAGUAAGGUAGUCAAGGAUUUCUCAGCACUGCUUGUUUCUCAAGGCACUCAGCUUGGCCUUUUUCUAAAGAAACUACUUAGAGGAGAUAUUGGUGUUCUAUCAAAAUCUGAAUUUGUGGAAGCUAUUUCACAAUAUCUUGGCCAAAGAAGUGGUUUGGUGUCAAAUGACCUAUCCAAAUUCUGUAUUUGUGGUGGGAGAGGUGAGGCUGUUCAGCAUAAUACGAGUCACUCAUCUGUUCAUGAAGAACUAAUUGACAUUCAACAGAAACAGCUGGAGGAGCUAAAGUCAUCUUUCCAAGAGACGAGAUUUGAAGUCAAACAAGUUCAUUCAAACUGGGAGGGGGAGCUUAGAAGGCUUGAGCAUCAUGUUAAAGGCCUUGAAGUGGCAUCCUCUUCCUACCAAAAAGUUAUAGAAGAGAACCGAGCUCUCUACAAUCAAGUCCAAGAUCUCAAAGGAUCAAUUAGAGUAUAUUGCAGAGUCAGGCCCUUCUUACCAUGGCAAUCAAAUAGCCAGUCCACUGUGGAUUAUAUUGGAGAAAAUGGAACUAUUAUGAUUGUCAACCCCCUUAAACAGGGCAAAGAUGCAAGAAGGGUAUUUACAUUUAACAAGGUGUUCAGAACAAAUGUCACACAAGAGCAUAUAUAUGCUGACACUCAGCCACUGGUCAGGUCUGUUUUAGAUGGUUAUAAUGCAUGCAUAUUCGCAUACGGGCAGACUGGUUCGGGGAAAACAUACACAAUGAGUGGCCCUGAUUUGACAACUGAAGAGUCAUGGGGUGUGAACUAUAGAGCCCUGCGGGACUUAUUUCAAAUGUCGAAGGCCAGGGUUGACAUAGUAAGAUAUGAAGUUGCAGUACAGAUGAUAGAAAUAUACAACGAACAAGUGAGAGACCUUUUAGUCAAUAUAAGAAACAAGUCUCAAUUGAACGGCCUAAAUGUACCUGAUGCAAGUUUGGUUCCAGUGACCUGUACUCAAGAUGUUCUUGAGUUGAUGAAAAUCGGCCAAAAGAAUCGCGCUGUUGGUGCUACAGCUCUAAAUGAGAGGAGCAGCCGGUCUCAUAGUGUUUUAACAGUUCAUAUAUAUGGAAAGGAGUUGGCUACAGGAUCUAUUCUAAGGGGCUGCCUCCAUCUUGUGGAUUUGGCUGGGAGUGAGAGGGUUGAUAAGUCUGAGGCCGUUGGUGAGAGACUAAAAGAAGCCCAGCAUAUAAAUAGAUCACUUUCUGCACUUGGAGAUGUCAUCUCUGCUCUUGCACAAAAGAGCACACAUGUUCCCUACAGAAAUAGCAAACUGACUCAAGUCUUGCAAGAUUCUUUAGGUGGAGCUGCCAAAACAAUGAUGUUUGUACAUAUAAAUCCUGAACUCAAUGCUCUUGGGGAGACAAUCAGUACACUCAAGUUUGCUGAGAGGGUUGCGUCCAUUGAACUUGGGGCAGCUAGAUCGAAUAAAGAAACGGGUGAAAUCCGGGAACUUAAAGAAGAGAUAUCAAAUCUUAAACUGGCAUUGGAGAGAAAGGAAGCUGAGUUAGAGCAAGUCAAAGGUGGUUCACGAAACACCAUAGAUUCCCAAAAGCCAAGAGCCGUUUCACCUUUUCGUCUUCCAAGAAAUGGUAUUAACAACAUUUCAAGGCCUGAAACCUGUCAGCGACCCUUGGACGAUACUAAGAUUUCUGAGGCAAGAAGUUGUUCUUCGGGCAAGCAGAGGAGGUCGAGGUUUCCCUCAGCAUUCGCUGAGAAAGAUAUUACACCAAAGAUGCCGUUACUAGGUGAAGAAAGAUUGGUGAUCUCUGGAAAGCCCAGAUCACCAUCCCCUCCAGUUAGGAGAUCAAUAUCUACUGAUAGAGGGGCCUUCAUUAAAAGCAGAGUCAAGGCUGAGACAACCGAAAACCAACCAAUUGCGAAACUACCAUUUCCAGCUAGAGUACCUGUCAAUAAAUCACUUGCGACUAUGCCAGUGAUCCCAUCAACUGACAACAACUUGAGGUUUUCACAAGAACCACCAAAUCAUGAGGAUAUAUCUGAUGCAUUAAACAGCUUCCAGAAGGCCAACUUCAAGAAAGUUUGUCCAGAACAAGAAGAUGAGCAGUUUAAGCAAGCUCUUAAUGUAAGACAAGGCGGUAUUAGAAAAAUCAAGAACGAGAGCAAGGCUAAGGCCAAGCAGAACCGAAUACCAGCUAGAAUUCAAAAGUCUGAUGCAGUGACAACAAUGUUUUCUGACUUGGAUAGCGGUGAAAAGGUGGAAGAAGCUCGAAAGAGUGACUUCUCUGAGCCAGAAAAUGAGCAUAUCCCCAUUGGUUCACCCAUGCAUAAUUCUUUGAUGGAGAAAAAGCUGCGUCACAACUUGCCAAGGAACUAUAUAAACCUGGAACCACGAGGCGUAGUGCAAGCAGCAGAACCCUUAUUGGCUGGGAAAACUGAAAACAAGCUUCCAAAUGGUGGAACACGGAAUCAAAAAGAAGGCAGUAACAUGUCCAUGCCUGAAUUCAGAAGAAGCCGGUCUACACCUCGUGGGAAAUUUUUAAUGCUACCUUGA